UGGGUGGCUACUUUGUCAGGAAUCGGUAUUUCGUAUGUAGCCGUGGAUGAUAUCUCAUUGAGCGUGGAGUGCUUUGACAAAGGUAUGAAAGGUUCUCAGCCGUUUGUGCAGAGAUAUUUGGAAACUCAUAUGUCGGAUGAUUCGAGUCUUCAUUUCUUGUCCGUUGAUGAUCAACAACAGAUAUGGACAGUACCUGAGACACUGCUGUAUAGGUUGAUAGCUUGCGGAGCAGAAGGCGGCUCGUUUCCCCACAGAGUGGUCGAGAACGGCGGUGGUUGUGUGAUAGUCGACAUAAAGCUGAUCAUUGGCACCAAACUACACAUAUCUAUCGGACAACAGGGAGAAUCACCUUGUGACAAACACGUCAAAAGUUCCAUGGUGAGCUUUGCAUCAAUGGUGUAUGGCGCUGGAGGUGGUGGUGCUACUACCGUAUCCGUUGAUUCAGCCUACAUUAUUGUUGCCGCUGGUGGAGGUGGAGCCUAUCCAAGCGAAUACAUCGAGGUUUAUUGUUGUUUUAGAGAAAUCGGAACAGGUGCGUUCGGAACAGUCCACGAAGGCCGAACGUUGGAUGGGCAGGUUUAUGCUGUGAAAACGAUCUGUAUGAAUAAAAGUACGUCGGCUGAGGCUCAACGUGAAUUCGCUUUCGAAGCAUUAUUUAUGCACAAGUUCAAUCAUCCAAACGUUGUAAGGCUACAUUGGAUUCAAUGGGAUCCUCCUCGAUUACGGAUUAUUCUCGAGUUUAUGGGAGGAGGUGAUCUGCGCUCGUUCUUGAGGGAAGCUCGUCCUACUCAGGAUAACUUCAAUCCGUAUGAUUUGCGAGUUUCAGAUCUCAUCAAUAUAGCCUUAGAUAUAGCUAGAGGUUGUGAGGAAUUGAACCGGCAGAAGUAUAUCCAUCGAGAUCUGGCCGCGCGAAAUUGUCUGUUGACGGAGAAGGGUCCCAACCGAAGGGUCAAGAUCGGUGAUUUUGGCAUGGCUAGAGAUAUCUACGAAAAUAAUUACUACCGUAAAGGUGGACGUGCCAAGUUGCCAGUGAGAUGGAUGCCGCCGGAAGCUUUUCUUGACGGGUUGUUCACGACACAGACGGAUGUCUGGUCAUUUGGUGUUGUACUAUGGGAGAUCUCCUCGUUUGGUAUGUUGCCAUAUUUCGGGGUUGACAAUUUCGACGUGAUGGGAUUGGUGACAAACGGCGGACGAUUGGAUCCCCCUAACACUGUUCCCACUGAGGUCAGUUUGCGAUUCGGUGGAAUUCCCAGAUAUCCACAAUACAUUUUUUCACAUUUCAUGAAUCUUUUUUUUUCUUCUGUUUGGUUCUCGAUCAUCAUAUCAGUGCUAACCCACUCUGUGUUGGCUUAG